AUGGGCUCUGAGCUGGAGACGGCAAUGGAGACGCUCAUCAAUGUGUUCCACGCCCACUCGGGCAAAGAGGGCGACAAGUACAAGCUGAGCAAGAAGGAGCUGAAGGAGCUGCUGCAGACGGAGCUCUCCGGCUUCCUGGACGCCCAGAAGGAUGCAGAUGCUGUGGACAAGGUGAUGAAGGAGCUAGAUGAGAAUGGAGAUGGAGAGGUGGACUUCCAGGAGUAUGUGGUACUGGUGGCUGCCCUCACAGUGGCGUGCAACAACUUCUUCUGGGAGAACAGUUGAGGAGACGGCCCCAGCGGGCAGCGCCCUUCCCCUCUACCCUGCCAUACCUGCUCCUUCACCCUGCUUCCCCCUCACUUUAAUUUUCCCUCCCCACCAACAAGGGUGCAAGAUUAGUGGGCCAGGCCUGCAACUCCUCUUUCAUUAAAGGCUUCUGUCUCACCAGC